CCAGAAUCCCCUGCGCCGAGGCAAGAUGGAAGAACCCAGCAGCUGCGAGAGAACAAUGUUUUGGCUUUAGAUAUAGCAACGGACGGCUGAGGGUGAACUACGCGAGCCGAAACAGCAGGACAUGGUCCUGUUCCGGAUGACACUGAUUGCCACCCUGUAGUCUUCAAGCCUGCCGGCAUCCACCAUGAGCAUCAUUCAAGACAAACUAGGCAAUGAAUUCCUGCACUCCAACGGGAGCAUGGACUCCAAUUUCGGCCCAGGCAUGAUUAUGUUCAGCCAUCUCCCCCCGGUGACCAGCUUCACCCGGCUGGCUGCCCACUCCGUCAUGCAGGACCUUCCGCCGCAUGAAAUGAUCCUGAAGAAGGAGCGUGACUCACCUGACUGCAGCAUGGGCACCCAGGGUAGCCGCAUGGGGUGUGUGGGGGUUGGAGACUAUGUUCACACCAUGGGCAUCAAGCAGGAGAAGCUGUCAGAGCACGAUUAUCGCCUUCCUGUUUACCCUGGAGGCCUCGGGAAGAGCACAGAGCUGCUGGAGGUGACAGUCAGUAACAACCAGAGCCUGCUGGUGCAUGACCUCAACAUGGGCAACCUGCCGAGUCAGUUAGGAAAGGAACCCACUGGGAGAAAGGGUCGAAGGUCAAAUGGUGAUGGACAGGAGGGUAAACCAAGAAAAAAGCGAAGCGAGGCAAAGCAAUCAAUGAUGCUGGAUCCAGAUGGAGGCAGUCUGUCACCGGGAACCAAGCCUCACAUUUGUGAACACUGUGCUGCAUCCUUCAGAAGUUCCUAUCACCUACGCAGACACGUCCUCAUACACACAGGUGAAAGACCCUUCAGAUGCAGUCAGUGCAACAUGAGUUUCAUUCAGAAGUAUCUUCUCCAGCGACAUGAGAAAAUCCACAGUGGAGAGAAGCCAUUCAGCUGUGACCAGUGUAAUAUGCGUUUCAUUCAGAAGUACCACAUGGAGAGGCACAAGAGGACACACAGUGGUGAAAAACCAUACAGAUGUGAGACCUGCCAACAGUAUUUUUCUAGGACAGACCGACUGCUUAAGCACAAGCGAACCUGUGGAGAAGCCAUAAAGAAGGGGCUGGAUCCCGGGAUGAUGGACAUGGGUUGUGUAGACAUAGGACAUGGCAGCUAUGGAAUCACUCAGGGAAAUGCUGGGAGUACUGGGAGGAAGCGGGGGAAGUCAAAAAACUCUGGAGAGGGAGGGGAGCGCAAGAAGAAGAAGCAAGAUGGAGAAGGGCUGAGGAUACCGCAUAUUCAGGGGGCGGUGUCUGGAGGCUACAGUAUCCAUGAGUUCUCUUUGGAGAACCAAACGGUGUCUUCUUCCACUGAGCCAGGACCCAGCAUGCAACAGGGCCAUCACAGCAGAGCUCCAAAGAUGGCGUUCAAAAAGGCUAAUCGUAAGAGUGUGGACAAAGACAAAGCAGGCGCACUGGAGCAGAGCGGAGGCAUGGACGGGCUUGGUCUCAUGCAGGGUAAUGGGGCCAAGGUAGGACCCACCAGCAGCAACUAUGAUGACGCCAUGCAGUUCCUCAAGAAAAGACGCUACCUUCAUGCCGCAAACAAUGCAAACUCAUCUGGGCAAGUGGGAGUGGGAGGAACCAGCAACGAGUACGACGUCGGUAUGGGCCAUUUGUCUACCCAGCAGUCGGUCAUUCAGGGUGUGAUGGACAGUGACCCUCCUCUGAGUCUGGAUAAAUCAGGGAUCCCUGAUGAGGUGCUUCAGAGCCUCCUAGAUCACUACGCCCAAAAACCUGACGGCUCCCAUCAUGACGUUCACUUCGAUAUCAGCGAUCAGCAUGUUGAGCUGAACCCUGUCUCAGCUGAUGGCCCAGACAUCGGCCACAACGCCGGCACCGCCAGCCCGUCUGGAGACAAGAACGUCAUGAUGAACGAAUACUCUCGCUUCUUGCUGCAAGCUUUAGAGCGCACCAGCCACAGUGCCAGCUUCCCUCUGGGCCCCGGGACCCCCACCUCAGGACCUUUCACCAGUUCCCACCCGGGGAAUCCCCUCUACGCCGACAAAAACAUCUACACUACAUCCCCACUGGAGUGUGGGUUUGGCCAGUCGGCGGCUUCUCCUUCGCUGCCCUCCUCCGUGCCAAAGUCUCACUUUGCGAUGUUGACGACCUCCUCGCCACAGCACGGCUUCCACCUGAGCAGCCUGGAGGCCUCCACACACCAGCAGCUCACCCCGUCUCAGGAGCUCAGUGAUCAGAUGGAGAAGCACUCCUCCACCCCCCCUUCCUCCUAUCAGAUCAGCCCAUCAGACCUGAGCAGCCAGAAAGACCAUCCGCCGGGCAAGAACGGAACAGUGGUCUACCCUUUAGCUGCCUCGCAGGAUCUAACUUCUCUGGACUCCUCCAAGCCUUCCUACCAGAUAGAAAACUUUGCCCAGGCCUUUGGCUCCCAGUUCAAGCCGGAUGGCAGCGGCUUGACUUACGGCACUGAUUCUGGCGGGGAGGUGGAUCACAGGAUACGAACGCCUGUGUCUGAAUUCUCAGGGUAUACUAGUUUGUUAUCUGAUGUCAAUGAGCCAGUAAGUACAGGUUCCAAAACUACAACAAGCCAAAGCUACAGAUGAGAGCCUGAGAGGGAGAGAACACUCUGUUGUUAUGCUGAUGAUCAUAUUUUAAUUUCUAGCGCUCCUAUUUUAUUACUAUUAUUAUUAUUGUUAUUAUUAUUAUUUUUUUAAGUGACAUCUUUCUGUCAAGUAUUCUGAAGCUCUGUUGCUGUGCCCACUCCUCUCCCCACAAUGAGCCUACAAGGCUUCCUGCAAAUGCAAUUUUUUAAAAUAAUGUUAUUUUUUAAGUUAAAGAUGUAUGAACUGUUUUAUUCUUGUCAUUUUAGGGACACUAGGUCAUUAAUCAUGAACUGAAAGUACUUUUUCAUUAAGCAUAGAGUAGCACCGGACAUAUUUCUUUUCCGAGGAGCUGAAGUGUUAAAGCAAUCAACUUUACAUUUGUGAAAUAAUGAUUCAAACCAUGAUGGCAGGGAAUAGCCCAGAAUUGAAAUAGCAAAAAUAGAAAAAAAGUUGUCUGUUACAAGGUUAAAGUAUUACUCAGGAAAAAGUGGAAAAGCCUAUGAGGUGCCGUGAGCACUCUUUUCAGAAGUUCUGCGACUUCACGAGGACUUUUCUUAUGUUUUGUUACUUGUUGAAUGAGUGUGACAUAAACAGACUGCUGCCAGCUCACUUGAGCACUGAAAACACUUUCUACUCGGCUAUAUAGAGAUUAUGGUACUUUCGUGUCAAUGUGAAACUCAUGUUUUCUUCAAUAAGGGCCAUAUAUAUAUCUAUAUAUAUUUAUAAGAAUAUAUAAAUGUAAAAAAACAGAUUUAAUCAGUUGAAGUAGAGGUAGAGUGAGGGCUGGUUUGGGGGUAAAUGUUGUCCUUGGUAUAUUUUUGGAGAACAAAAGUGAUGUUAGGGCUAUUCAUUGGCCGAUAGAGGUAGCUGUUGGACAGCGAUAGAAUGGCCUUCCCCUUUGACCGCCCUCCUCUUCUUCCUCGGUUCUCUUAUUUCUUUAAAAGAAUCCAAUUAGCACUUUGAGCCGUUUUCUUACAUCGAGUUAAAGUACCCCGUCAGAUCAACAGAGCUCAGACAUCAGUAGAAUGACUUGCUGUUUGGGCGUAUGCAGACGGGUUUCUGGGUUAAAAAUAUUUGGGUGUAUGAUCCGGGAUACCCUUUGUGUGGGUUUACAUGGGCAGGUGGGAGGUAGGGAGGGGGGUUGAUAUGUGAAAGUGGGAUUUUUCAUUAACAUUUU